CGAAAGUCGUACCUCGCAAUAACGUCGUGGUCAACUGGUCCACAACCAUGGUUCAAUCCACGCACGGUUUGCCGCUGUCCACUCGACCCAGCCUCACGUCGACCAUGUCGUCGUCGUCGUUGGGCUCGUUGCCUUCGAUGUUGUCGUCCUUUAGCUUGCCUUCCAUUCACAACAUCCGGACCCCGCCGCCCUUGGUGGCGCCAUCCGUCGCUGCUGCUGCGACAGUGUAUCAAUCCCCCACCGCGUUGUCUCUUGGGUCACUCAAAGCCCGAAAAAAGAUGAUCCAAAAUACCGUCCAGAAGCCGCCGCGUCGACACAAUCGACUGUCGAGUUCGGUGAGUGGCAACCCCCUCGACGGCGCGGACGAGGAGCGCCAAGUCGAUGGCAUCGUGUACCAGAGCCGGGUCAAAGUGCCCCAAGCGUGGAACUUUACCAACGCCAAGGAGCGGUGGCAGGCCGCCGUGGCGCGAACGACCGACGACCAGAUCCCCCGCCAUCACCGACAGAGCCUCGCGGGGGAGUUUUUGCAUAUGACGACGAAUCCACGAAACUCGGACGUGACGCCUCAAAACGCCGAAGCCCGGAGUCGAUGUGCCGAGUCGUUGUAUAAACUGUCCAAGCAAAUUGGAUCGGAAGCCAUGAUCAUUGACAGUGGGGCGAUCCAGAAUAUUGCUGAUUUCAGCGACACCGACGACAGUCGAUUGCAAGGCUAUUGUGCCGCCACACUGACCAACUUGACCGCGACGUCAUCCUUACCGGUCCUCAUGUCAUUUGCCGCACACGAUGGGAUCCCAGUCGUCCUCGAAGCAGCCUGGUCGCCGUCGUUCCACGUUAAAGUCCUGUGCACGACCGCGCUGUGUCGAUUGUCAUGCUACCCCGAGUUUACCAAAACGCUGUUUGCGUCCAAAGCGGUGAUUGAGCUGUCCAACAUGCUGUCGCUGCCGCACCCGCCGUUGCAAAAACUGUGCAUUCAAACACUGGUCAAUAUGAUUUGCCAUGGCUGCGAAUUCCACGAAAAGCUCUUUUGCGGCGGAGGCAACGUCGGCCACAACAAACUCGGGCUCGUCUUGGCCAUUUCCCAACUCGCCGAGGAGCCUGCUAACGGUCGCUUUGCCGCACAAGUCAUUUUCAACUUGAGCUUAUCCCCUACGAGCGCGGCAGGGGCCAUUCGAGGGGGCAUUGGAGAAGUGCUGUUUCACCUCAUCAAAGCCCCGCACACGACACUCACCCUGGCCAAGCUACUGCUCGCCCCGAAUUCUUCGUCCCGCGACGCCGAAGAAGACGAUUCAAAUCCGCAACUGGUCAUUGCCCGGUUGAUUGCCAUUGCGAGCGGUCACUUUUCCAAGUACUUGGACUUGCAGUUGCUCAUGGGGUCGUGGAGCUUGAAGAUUGUGCAGCAUUUCCUGUACCUGUACGAAAGCUCGCCCCGACUCGGGUUUGUACUCGGACACUGCGCCCGCGUCCUGGCCAAUUUGUCAGCCAACGACGAGUACAUGAGCAGUGUCUUCAACGGGAACGAGAACUUGGUGGAGAAAAUAGUCCGGUUGCAUGCGUGGGCCUCCGCCGCAGCAACCACCACGACCUUAAAUGCGGACGAGUGCCAGCAAAACGUGCUGCGCACCAUCGCCAACGUGACCCGAUGCCCGUUAUGCUGCCCCCUCCUCGUGCAAUCUGGCGUAUUUUACGUGUUGAACGAGGUACUUCUGAUGGAGGCCAACACAUCGCACGUGGCGACCUUGAAAGACGAUGCGCUGGUCGCCCUUGUGAAUCUCGUAUGCCACGAUGCCAUCGCCCCUGCCUCAGGCUUGGACGCGCACUUGGCCGACUGUUUGUCCACAUCGUUUCGACACGACUCGAGCGACGACCAGAACAACAACCCCCAGUUGGGCCAUGUCAAGUACAUGUUGAGCCUCACGAUAUGCUACCUCGCACUGAACCCGCACCUGCGACGAGUGGUCACGAGUCGCCCUGCCCUACUUAUUGACGCGUUGUUGUUUGGGUUUCAUUACAACCACUCCCCCGGGGCAGACAACGCGGACAAAGCGCCGUGUUUGUCUGGGGGUAUGUUGAAGCUGCAGCAGCAGCUGCGGGAGCAACCUCUGGACGCGUUUGACGAUGUUAGGGGCGACCCCACCGACACGCGGUUUCGGUUUCUCGCUGCCAUGUGUCACACGGCAGGAGAGUUCCAGUGUGUGGACCACAUUCAAUCGCUUGUGGACGUCGUUGUGACGUGCAUGAACCACCCAAAGCACAGUUCAAAAAUUCCCGUCGACCACGGCUUUGUGACGGGCGCCGUCGAGUAUUACUGUGCAGGCAUCUUGUUUACACUGUCCCGGACGAUUUGGACCCUCACCCAACAGACGCAUGAGUCUGCCAACGACUGGGGGCCCAUCCUCUUUGCCCCACGUGUGCAAGACGUCGUGUUUCGGUUAAGUCGCUUCGCCGCCCAUCCAUGCCCCCCCACGUCCCCCACCACAGGCGACAACAACUCGCGUGCGUUGAAUUUGCGCCCGGCGACCCAGGCCUACUGCACGGGUACCUUGUACCACAUGUGCGCUACUAGCCACACCACAGCCACAGCCCUCGUUGCCCUCGUGGAAGCUUGCAACGGGAGCGAAGACCCGCCAACGUUGCUUGCGUGCGCGUCCACGUUUGCCAUCGUGUCCUUCACGCCCGAAGGCCGCCAGCUUCUCUUGACGACGCAAGGCCUCGCCCACGCACUAAACAAGCUCGGGCGGUCGUCCAUGUGUCAACAAUAUGCAGCCGUCGCGGCUUGUAAUGUGGCCAUUACGGGAUGCAUGUGGAACGAAGAAGAGCUCAAAGACUUUGUGGUUGUGGCGCUGCUGCGAUCGAAUUCAUUUGAUGCGAUUCAAGUCCACGCCAAGACAUUGUACAACUUGCUGUCGCAUCCUGCGUCUAGGGCCCAAGUUAUCAACGAUGGCGUGCUGUAUGCGUUUUUAAAACUCGCCCAGCUCCAAACCAACGGACUGCGCGGCGGGCCAGAAGAGACGCUGUCGCUGUGUCUCCACGCCCUUUUCAACCUGAGCGACACGGUCGUGUACCAUGACACGAUCCUCAAACUGGGCGUGACUGCGUUUUUGCUUGGGGGGGUUAGCGGGCGCCGCAAGCGUGUGCUGCACUUCCUCACCCCCGAAAGCCGCCGGCAUGCUGUGGGGCUGUUGUGCAACUUGAGCGCCCGGGAGGCCAAUCACAAGGAGCUCAUUCACAGCGCCCAAGUCACCGACAUCCUUCGAUGUUUGUGCGAUGGGGAUACGGAAACACGCGCCAGUGCCGCCAUGACGUUGCGGAAUCUGACACUGCGAGUGGCGAAUGCCGAAGUGGUAUGCACGCGAAAUGCGCUCAACUUGCUCCUGGUGUUUUUGACGUCGUCCAACGAUUCGGUGCGUCGGCUGGCCGCGCAAGCGAUCGGCAACUGCUCGCUCGUGACGGAACUGUUGCAUUUAUUUGUGGAAUUGCAAGUCGGCGACGCGUUGCUCCAAGUGCUGGAGACGCACGAUCCAACAACAAAUUUGGUUGCCAACGUUGCAACCAACACCAACCCAAAUGUCGACACGGCCCGGGCCAUUUUGAAAACACUGCACAAUUUAGCCUUGGACGACGGCUGUGCGACCGAUCUGCUUCAUGUCGAGAUGGUGCGGCGGUGGCAGGAAGCGCUACCCCCCCUGCUUUACGACCCUGACGUGUGCAAUCUCGCGGCGACCACCAUCCAUAUCUUGAGCCGCAAGGCGGUUGCGGCACCCCUCCUUGCCCGCCAGAACAUCGUGGCGCUUUGCCAACUGCUCAGUACGGCCCCACACACCAGCGCCACAGUCCUCGGGGAAUGCGUGAGCUGCCUUGUGCAUUUGUCGACACACAUCGCAACGCACACCGUGCUCUUCGAGACGGGGGUGGUGGAUACGCUGGGGCACCUCUUGCAUCACGUCGGUGAAAUCGAUCCCCCGCUUUCCCCAGCCGCCACCGCCAUUUUGUUCACCCACGCGGCCAUGGCUGUGCGCAACCUGUCGCUGAGUGCCGCCGAUCGCCAAACGUCGUCGCAGCAAGAUCAACGAAGUAUAGAUCGGAGCGUCGAACAGGCCACCGCCAUGGAAACCUCGGCGGCGUGCGACCAGCUCAUGCGAGGCGUCCCGUGGCUCGUCAAGAUGGUGCGGACAGUUGCAACGUCGCAACCGUCCUACCCGAAACUGUGCGUCGAAGUGUGUGCCGCGAUGGCCAACUUGUGCAAAAUCAAACGACUUCGCGCCGCAUGUGUGUCCACGGGCAUCGUACACAUGCUGUUGGACAUCCACCGGACAUUCAAAUCGAACGACGCAUUUGCCUUUGUGGAGCAGUCCAGCACCGUGACAUUGCACCAACUGGCGGCCGAGGACACUGCGACGUUGGAGCCGGGGCUGAUUGAAGCUCUUUUGAGUGUGCUAGAUCACACCGAUGUCGUCGUGCAUCAAGUGCAACAAGAAGAAGGCAAAGUAUCACGGCUUGAAACGGUCGACACGAGUGAGUUAGCCCAUGACACACUGGACCAGCCACUGCCCACGUCUGAAAGUCUCUGUCGACAAACAUACCGCGACGCUCGAUGGUUCCAUUACAUUGUCGAAGCCCCAAGCCAGUUGGAUCCGUCGUUUGACGGAGCUCCGACGCCUUUAAACAAGUAUCGACUGCGGGGUCCAUUGCCUGCGGUCCAGGACGCGAUUGCCCCUGCACCUCUGUGUUCAAUCCCACUCAGCACUAGUAGUAGCAACCACUCCGCCCUUCCCCAUGGUCGCAUCCUUGUGAUCGACACACACAAAGCCCAUUUAGAAGACGACUUUGCACUGGACGAGUUGGCAGCCAAGACGUCGGCGGAGUCGUCGUCUACUGGCAACCACGCCACCCACCAGCUGAGGUUUACACCAGUGAAAAAGUUCGAUCACCAUAUGAAAAUGACGCGCAAACAAAGCCGAAACGGCUAUGUCGGAACGUCGUCGUCGGCGUUGCCGCACAUCAAAAGCGAGCUGCAAGUGGAAAAGUAAAUUAAUCAUAAAGAUUCGACUAUAUUGGCCA